AUGGACAGUCUCAAGCGCGCCCGGGUAAUCAAAAGUGAGAUCGAGAAGAAUAUCUCCGUCCUCACGCCUGAGGACAAAAAGGUCAGCACCCGCCGCAACGACGAUGAAGAUCCUGAAAACGUCGCUAUAAAGACUCUGCGUCAAGAGCAAAAGUGGUCUUGGAACGAGAUCGCCGACCACCUCAACCAGCAGCGCCUUAACAAGGGCGAAGCAGCUAUUUUCACAGAAACGGCCGUCUACAGUCGCUAUGUCCGUAAUGCACCUCGCGUUGCGACAUCUAUCGGCGAGAUCGGUUUUGACCCAAAGGAUUACAUGCACCUUCGCAAUCCGAAUCAGUACACUCAAGCUCAAGGAACAGGAGUCAUCAGCAAGGCGGGUAAGAAGCGCAUCAAAGACUACGACAACGGGACUGAGCUCAAAGCCAACAUCCGGCAGCCAGCCACUGCAGAGCUACAGGAUAAAGGUCUGGAGGAGGUGGAAAAGACUGAGCAGCUCAUGAAAGCGGUAGCAAAGUGCGAGCGCAACUUUUGGAAGUAUGUCGCGGAUGAGAUGGAGAGGGCGACGACCAAGAUGUACGAUCCCAAGGAGCUGGCGAGUCGCUUUCAUGCUAUUUGA